CGAAUGAGAGCAAAGCAGUAGGACUUUCGAACGCGAGAGCUCUGACGUAGCUGUAGCUUUCUCUAAAGUACAACAACUGUUUAGCUGAAGCUGUUCAUUUGUCGACAGGCUGUGUUGAGAACCUCUUCUAAAGCUAACCUAUACACUUAGUGUUGAAGUUGAUUUUAAAGUUUAAUGGUGCAAGAAGUUUGGUGGUGCUCGGGGGCCAGUCCGUGGACUGAGGGCACAAACAUAGAGUUUUGUGGAACUUCAGAUCCUCCCAGUCAGUGUGAACAACAGUCGUACUCGAUCAUGGCUAGCACCAUUAAUUUUGGGGAACAUACACGGUUGGGAGGAUCGCCUCUUGCCAUGUUGGCAGCACAGUGUAACAAGCUCGCCAGCAAGACUCCGCCACCGCUCGCCGACGCCGCAGUUGGAAAGGGUUUCCAUCCUUGGAAGAAAGGUCCACAGACAACUGGUAGUCCAGCCGCCGGUCUGACGCUGGGUUCCCAGCGAGUUUCCACUAUCGCCAAUAGCAACUCUCCAGCCCUCAAUUACCAGAGGCCCGUAGUGACGUCAUCUUGUAGCACCGCCUCAUACGGCGGGGACAGCCUGUUUUACCCAGGAAAUUGCAUGACAUCAUCACAGGGAGAUCCUGGCCAGACCACCCUUCUUAGCAAAGUCCACGGAGAUUCUGCACAUUUAGGCACAAUGUAUUCUCGAAUUGGGAUGGGCGCUCAUCCUUAUGAAAGCUGGCCAUUUAACAUGAACGUGGCUGGGGCCGCUCAUGGUGGUAUCAAACCCGAGGUGUCAUCGGUCAACUCCACGACCUGGUGGGACAUGCAUGCAGCUUCGGCAGGAGCUGGCUCGUGGUUCGAGAUGUCUGGUGCCUCUCCGGCUCUUCACGGGCAGAUUCCCGCUAAUUAUGCUGGGGGAGACUACACUUUCGCACCGACCUUGGCAGCAGCUUCAAGUCCGGCUCACCUAUUAACGCCCGGACAGCACCUUCUUCAAGACACUUACAAGUCUAUGCUACCCACGGCUCAAGGAAUGGGUUCCUCUAUGACUUCACCAUUUGGCCUGUCUCAGCCCACUCUCCCUCAAGUACCGUCCCCUCGAUCCCAACGACGUUACACUGGGCGCGCCACGUGCGACUGUCCCAACUGUCAAGAAGCGGAGCGACUGGGCCCAGCAGGAGCCCACUUAAGAAAGAAAAACAUCCACAGCUGCCAUAUUCCGGGAUGCGGAAAAGUUUAUGGGAAGACAUCCCAUCUAAAAGCUCAUCUUCGUUGGCACACCGGUGAAAGGCCUUUCGUGUGUAACUGGCUGUUCUGCGGAAAGCGUUUCACGAGAUCAGACGAGCUCCAGCGCCAUCUCAGGACCCACACUGGGGAGAAACGGUUCGCUUGUCCUAUUUGUAAUAAGCGUUUCAUGCGGUCUGACCAUUUGAGCAAGCACGUUAAGACCCACAACGGACACACCACAGAGAAAAAAGGUAGCAGCAGUGAGAACUGUAGUGAUUCAGAAAACAGUCAGAGUGAGCCCCCUAGUGUGAACUCUCCUGCUUCUAUAAACACUCCACCAUUGCCCCCACAGACAGCGGCCAUGACCACUAAUCGUAGUUCCUUAGUGGACACCAAGUAGUGGACACUGUGAUCAAGUGACCAUGAAAUUAAUAAGAAGAUCUGUCUUGGGUGGACAUCGUUUUACAGAGUGGCAUGAGAAAGUAGUAUCGUUCAGCUGUGCUCGUCAAGUUGUGGCCAAACUAAUUUUGUUCAAGAAUUCAGUUGAUGUAAAUCAAAUGUUACAACUUAUGUUACAUAUAAUCUAGUUAUUUCUAGGUGUUUUCUUGAAGCUGUUCUUGUACAUAAUAUUGUAUGUAUGCACACAAAUACAUAAUAGAAAUAUAUCUGUAUAUAGCAGCCAUGCUCCAAUGAUGUUUUUGUCUUUAGUACGUGAGCGACUCCACCAGACAACCAGCCACAGAAAGUAUGCUUAUCUUGUAGAUAAACGUUACAAUGUGUGCAUGACUUGUGUGGUGCGAUUAUCUUCAAAAACAGCGUAAGGUCGGCUUAUCCUCAUUACAGUGUAGUAUUGGGGAACAACACGCAAGACUUGAGCAGAAACCAGGACCAUGAGUGUUUCCACUUUGCUGUUGUCCUCAAUGAUUGUAGUAUCCAAUCUAAUAUUCUAAAGUAGUAUAUUUUGUUUUUUCUGUGUCGUUUUAAUGAGUGCAUUUUUAGCUUUAAAAAUACACAACACGCUGAAUAUCACGUUUUCACAAUAAGAAACAAGUGAAAGUAAGAAUAAGUCUUUUUAUAGGAGAAAUGAGGAAGAAAUGUACGUGAUUUUGGUUCUAUUCGAAGUUACUAUUUCUAUUCAUUCCCUAAACUUAAGUAUCUGAAAAUGCCUGCUUUGUUAAACACGUCACUGAGGAAAAUGAAUGUGUUGGCUUUUACAGAUGGUGCACAUAUGUUUAGAUAUCACCGAGAUCUUAACGACGAUACGUUAGUUAAGAGAUACGUAACUUCUGGGUUUCUUGUUAGGUUUUUUUACGUUUUUCAACUAUCUUAUUGACAGGGUUUGUAAUGAUAUUAUGCCAAAAUAGUCAAGUUUGUAUACAAAAUUCUCUAGGAAAUAUUUCUUGUACUAGGGUUUAUUGAUUUGUAUAACGAAUAAUUAAUGCAAAAAUCUGUUGUUUUACGAUUAAUAUUAAACUUUUAUAAUAUUUGCUCUGAUGUCGUUUAAUUUAAUUCAAUAUUUAAUCAAAGCAGAAACUUGGACGCAGGUCAUUUGAUAAAGAGGUUAAAAUAACGUAAGAAUUUACAUAUAUUUUGUUCUGUUUCUUAACUUGUUUAGAGGCUUAACAGAAAAUAGAAUUCAUUUAAAAACAAAAAUGUGUUUCUCGUGAUGUGGUGAUAUUGCAUUUCUUAAACAUAUUCAGAAGUUAAAGAAGGAAAUAUAUAUACAAUCUACGCUUGAAGUGCUCUGUUGAAUUACCUGGAUUUCAUAUUAAGAAACAGACUUCACAGUAGCAGGUACAGUCUACAGAUCAAGAAGAGUGUGAAACACUAACUGUACGGUAGUGCCAUAAUGUCAGCUCAGGCAGAAUGUAAACUGUAUCACGUACAUGUUAAGCUAUAACUACCAAGCGCCGUAGGGUAAAUUUUAUUACCUCAUUAAUUCUGACUAUGUUUUUGUUUUGUUGUCGUUCAAGAAGGAGCUUUAAAAUUUGAGAACUGUAAUUCAACAGAAAAUAAUUAUUUAAGUAUAUGUGCUAAACGAAUUAAUAUGCAAGGGUGUACUAUUG